CUCUACUAUGGUACACCGCUACGUGUUCGCCUCUCUGCGGUGCGGAAUAGACUGGAUUCCAGCGCGCGCUUACAUGCUUAUGCCGCGCUGCCAAAGCAUCGACCGAAACGCGAAUCAGGCGGCGAGCCGGUGUUGGUAGAUACACUAGUCUGACGAGGAUUGGAUCAACAGUACCUAGUUACACUCGAUGUUGUUUUACGCCAGUGCAGAGGCAUCGGUACAGGGGUUGUCGAUAGGGGGAAUUUUGAGAGCUGGUCCAGUCAGGUGCUCAAGAUGACACCGACACAGCGGAGCGAGGCAGGGAUCCACACCACCUCCCCGUUCCUCCCCAGCUUUUUCCAGGUCGAAGCAAGCCUGCUCACUUGUUCCCCCGGCCCAAGCCCUCUCGUCACCCUCUCCAGCGAUGUCUCCUGGAACCCCUAUAUUUAUCUCUUGUCCUCUGCGCUCGCAGUUCCUGUCCAUGAUGUCUCUAUGCACACUUGGUUGGCGGCCGAUUAUCAUGAGUCGGGACAGUCCCAGCCUGGGUUUUGUGCCGAUCGAUUCUCCUCGAAGUACCUGCAAGAUCUCCGCGAUCAUGCCGGCUCGUAUUGCUCGCCGGGCUCUCGAUCGAACUUGACAUGCUUCCACAGUAGGAAAGCUUCGGGCGGGUUAGUAGACUCAUUCUGUAUAGGGCGUGGGGCAUCCUUCGACGUUGGAACGAGCAAAUUUGCUCUCCAGUGCCCUGUCAGGACUCUGAAUGCGAACGAAACCGCCAGCGGAUUAGUACAAUUCGAUCAAAUUCGAGGAUACUGGUACGACACUGGGCCGUCCCAAAUCUUCAACAACUUCGUCGAUAUAAAAGCCGGGCUGGCGACCCCCGAUCGGACAGAGGACCAGGGCAAGAACACAAACGAUAAGGCGACUCCGCCGCGGUUCUACCUGCUUCUCAAGCGCGAGGGCGAGACGAACCCCUGGCACUGCCUGAUGGAGAUAUGGUCGGCGGGGAUGACACUUGACGUGUUGAGCAUGACUCGUGACCCCCUGGGGAAUGACGGGCCCUUCUUCCGGCCGAAAGAAGACGCCCCGGACACCCAAGUCGUCAUCCUAGAUGACCGCCAGGACGGACCAUACUUCGACCUGUGGACGCUUUUCGCAAAGCGCAAGCCCGUCCGCUUGAAGGAGCUGCUUGCCGCCCCCGCCCCCUCCACCAACGCGAGCAUAAUCGUCCCCCUUGCCGGCGGGAGCAACCCCCUGUGGCAGAACGACUGGGCGGUACGCCGCUGCACUGCCGCCACCACCCUGAAUGCCUUCUCGCGGCGAGUGCUCGACUUCUACGGCGUCACGGACGACCCUCCCGCGCCACCAACGAACAAGACCACAGACGACGACAACGAUAACAACAACGCCAUCGUCGUCACCUUCAUCGACCGCACCUCGACCCGCCGCCUGCAAGACCAGGAUCGCCUGUUCGCGGCCCUGCGCGAGCGCGUCCCGCACGUGUCCGUGCGCCUCGUCGACUUCGCCGCCCUCCCCUUCGCGGAGCAACUGCGCGUGGCCCGGACGACCGACGUCCUCGUCGGCGUGCACGGCGCCGGGUUGACCCACGCAAUGUCGAGGGCGGGGGUGAUCCAGCCCGCGGACCUGCGCCACAACGGAUUCCGCAACCUCGCCGCCAUGAGGGGGCUCGGGUUCUUCCGCGUGCACGCCGCCAACACCGGCGCGGGCGGCGGCGGUGCGGCGGCGGUGCGGCGGCGUGGCUCGUGGCAGUGGAAUGACGUCCGCUUGGAGGAGGAGCGGUUCCUCGAGGUCAUGAGCGCGGCGAUCAAGUCCCUGUAUGCCAGGGGUAGGUGGAAUUAUGACGUCAAUUAAGAGGGCAAUAUCGGCGCAUUUGGGCGGGAAAUCCUAGCGUUUUGUGGCAUAUUAGAUCUGACGGAGUUUGUUCUCAGUUUUCGGGUACCGUUUAGGAUAGGUACCCCAAAUUAUAUAUCAUGAUCUACCUAGGUUAGGUAGGUAGGUAGGUAGGAUACAACCACUGGAGUUGAUGUGGGCCUCCAAGGCCUUGCUCCGUUUACUUCAUGCAUUCAGGGCCGUGGCACCGUUCCUUUGUUUGUUCUUUCUGGACCCUGGAAUCCCCCCUCCCCCAUGCUACCCAAGGAAUGAGUCUCGAGCAGUCGCCCC